UAUUAGCAUACCAAACGGAGUAAGCAAAUAUCCCCGUUGAGGAAGCAUCCGGAGCAAAAGCAACGACGACCAGAAAAAUAUCUCCUCCGCUUUUUGCGCUUUUUUUUUUCUCUUUCCACCCCGAUGGCCGGCGGCGAGCCGCCGGCGCCGGCGACGGAGGCGGAGGAGGGGCGGAGGGCGGCGCUGCUGCGGGAGAUAACCGAGGAGGGCGGGUUCGCGUUCGUGGCGUCGGCGGAGAAGGCGGCGUGCGGCGACCUCCGCGCCGCGGAGGCGGCGCGGGAGAUGGCGUGGGAGCAGCUCCACUCGGGGCCGUGGAGCGAGGUGGGCGCCGCGUGGAGGGACGCCUACGCGCUCGCCUGCCUCCACGUCGCGCGGCUCCGGCGGCUGGGGGCGGCCGCCGCCGACCGCCGCGCCGCGCUCAGGGCGCUCGACAUGGGCCUCAUCAUGGGGGGGAACCUCCUCCGCGCCGACCUCGAGGCCGCCAUAGCGCGCAUCGUCGCCGACCCCGGCGGCGGCGGCGACGCGGAGGCCGUCGACGAGGAGACCCGGAGGUGGAGGGAAGGGCUCGAGAGGAAUCGAGACGUCGCCGAUGCACUUAAUAUUCUUCCGGCAAAGUCUUUAUCUUGUAAGAAGGUUGAGAGGCGAUCAUGCAUUUCUUUGGAGGAAUUUAUAUGUGAUUACUUUUUACGCGAGUCCCCUGUUAUAAUCAGUGGAAGCAUCGAUCAUUGGCCUGCAAGGACAAAGUGGAAAGACAUCCAAUACCUGAAGAAGAUUGCUGGAGAUCGAACUGUUCCUGUUGAAGUUGGAAAAAAUUAUGUGUGCAGUGAGUGGAAGCAGGAGCUAAUCACUUUCUCUCAGUUCCUUGAGAGGAUGUGGUCAGCUGGCUGUCCUUCAAACUUGACAUAUCUGGCUCAGCAUCCCUUGUUUGAACAGAUAAAAGAGCUCCAUGAAGAUAUAAUGGUUCCUGACUACUGUUAUGCUGGUGGAGGGGAGCUUCAGUCACUUAAUGCAUGGUUUGGUCCACACGGGACAGUGACACCAUUGCACCAUGAUCCACAUCACAACAUUUUAGCUCAGGUAUUGGGAAGGAAGUAUAUUAGACUAUAUCCUGCUUCCAUAUCUGAGGACUUGUACCCACACACAGAAACUAUGCUAAGUAACACCAGUCAGGUAGAUCUUGACAACGUUGAUCUGAAGGAGUUCCCACGGGUAGAAAAUCUUGAUUUCUUGGACUGUAUAUUGGAGGAGGGUGACUUGCUUUACAUUCCACCAAAAUGGUGGCAUUACGUCAGAUCUCUUUCUAUUAGUUUCUCUGUUAGCUUUUGGUGGCGUUCAACUGUUGUACCUUCAAAGGGUUCAUAGCGUCACAUUCUGGUCUUUGUACAGCAGAACCGGACCACGGGACCUUGGAAAACCUGACAGAACCUUUUGAUUUAGCAUCCACUAUUGCAUGGAUGUGGCCAUACUAUUGCAGAUGUACAUUGUUACUUCCCCUGUUAUGACUAAACAUGUAGUUGCUACUAUACCAAAUGUAACAAUGACGAUGUACCUUCUGGUAACCUCUGAUGCUUGAGCAUUGAGCUUGGAGGGUUGGAUUUAUUGCUCCUGCAAGAUUCAUGUUCAAUUCCUGUGGGCUUAUUACAACCCAUUUGCAGAUGGGGUCCCAUUUUCCCAACAAUUAUCAGUAAGGUUAUUUUCA